GAGGGGUGGUGCUCGGGCCGGGGGGUGGCGGGGAACCGGCGGCUGGACGCUUCCAGGCUCCGCGGUGCUCACCAUAACAUCCUGCCCGCCCACCCCCGCCACCCGCGCAGCGCGCAUUGGGUCGGUGUGGGGAGUACGGGGAUCCCUCAGCCUGGGGAGGGAUCCCUCGGCUGCCCUCGGCACCGCCCCCACCCAUGACCUGGAUCUGGGAUUCGCACUCUGGCUCCUUCCUUCGUCCCCCGACUCAGCGGUGGGAACCGAAACUGGCACAGAAGCUGGGCACCCUGGAUCCUCUCCUAGUCCCCUCUUCCCUCUGGGUGCCAGUUUAACACUCUCUUGGACAAGGAAAAGCCUGCUGGAAUGAAGGUCAUAGCCAAAGAUGCGCAAGACACGAGAGAUCUCACAAGCCCCCGAGGAACUUGGGGAGAAGGAGCGCCUCAACUGACCAUGGAAUCAGAGGCAGAGAAAACAUUCCAUCGGUUCGCUGCCUUUGGAGAAUCAUCGAGCAGUGGCACUGAAAUGAACAACAAGAACUUCUCCAAGCUGUGCAAAGACUGUGGCAUCAUGGAUGGCAAGGCGGUCACCUCCACGGAUGUGGAUAUUGUGUUCAGCAAAGUCAAGGCCAAGAAUGCCCGGACCAUCACAUUUCAACAGUUCAAAGAGGCAAUGAAGGAACUGGGCCAGAAGCGCUUCAAGGGGAAGAGCCCAGAUGAAGUCCUGGAGAACAUUUAUGGACUCAUGGGGGGCAAGGACCCGGCCACCACUGGCGCUACUAAAGCAACAACAGUGGGUGCAGUGGACCGUUUGACAGACACCAGCAAGUACACCGGCACCCACAAGGAGCGCUUUGAUGAGAGCGGCAAGGGCAAGGGCAUCGCGGGACGGGAAGAGAUGACUGACAACACAGGCUACGUGAGUGGCUACAAGGGUGCUGGCACCUAUCAUAAGAAGACCAAGUAGAGAGGAGCUUCAUCUUAGCCUGCUAGUCCCCUGACCCUGCAUGUUUAACACCAGGGAGCUUGGAAAACAAUAAACAUCUGUGUGUGUGCAGCUGCUAAAAACUCUGUCUAUGAGGGACAAAUGGGUCUGCUGGUGUAGAGAGAGAGAGAAGAAAUAGCCGCAGGAGUGUGGGUUCUCAACCACACACCCUUCACUCUGCUUAGCCUUAUGCCUACCAGCCAUCAGUUAGCAUUCCUGCUCAACAGCUGCUUCCAAGAACAGGGUGGAAGAAUAUAUUUGGAGUUAAGAGAUGAACCAGUUGUGGAGGUAAAAGUAUUUGCUAAUUGUGUUCACACAUGACUGGUAUUCACCUCUCCACCCCACCCCCCAAUAGAGUGUAGCAAUUCCUGAUGUGAUGGACUAUGAACAAGAUACCACCUAUUAGACCUUUCCCUGUCCCUCCACCUUCCUCAUCUGUUGCAAUUCAGGUUUUGCUGGGGGGUAAGUAGAAGCCAGCUAAGCCUGACUUCUGUUACAAAUUUGUUCCAGAGCUGGGGCAAGGGGAGAGUCUAUUUUCAACACCCAGCCCAGCACUGAGCUUUGCCCCACAUCACCUCCAUCAUGGUGUACAUGGGACAGAAGAUCUUAGUGACUGCUUAGGGUAGCCCAGGAAGAUGACCAGGCGGGGGAGGCUGCCAAGAUUCCAAGAGUAGGAGUUCCGGUGCACUGAAGAAAAAGGAAUUAAAAUCACAACAGAGUCA